CGCAAAACUAGACCACACGUUCUUUCGUUUAGGUUUUUGUCGCCACUCAGCGCUGGCAGCUAUGGUGUCGACGGGCAAUCCAGAGAGAAUGUGGUGGUCCAAGGACACAAUCGUGCUCGUCACCGGCGCGAACAAGGGUAUUGGCUUGCAGUUGGUGCGUGAGCUCGCCAGGCGAGGAUUGACGACGAUACUCACGUCUAGAGACGAAUCCAGCGGCAGGAAGGCUAUCGAAUCGCUGCUGGAAGAGGGCAUUGAUCGAGAAAGGCUCGUGUAUCACCAGCUCGACAUCACUAGCCCCGAUUCGGUCGACGCGCUGGCGGAUUGGGUCUCUCGCUCCUACGGUAGCAUCGAAAUUCUUGUGAGUAGAGAUCUAGAGCUCGAAUUUCGCUGUUUCUCUAGCCGUCCAGCAGAUAGUUCUUUGUUUUCUUCCUUGGUGUUCUUCCAGAUUAACAAUGCCGGCGUGAACUCAAUUGGAGUGCCGGACUUGGAGCAAGCGAAGUACGUGGUGGAAACGAAUUACUACGGCACGAAGAGAGUGAUCGAGGCUAUGGUCCCUCUUCUCAAACCUGGAGCUCGAAUCGUUAACGUCAGCUCCAAAGCUGGUGAUCUCGCGUAUCUAAAGAACGAAUGGAAUGCAAAGCUGGAAGAUAUCGCCACUCUCACGCCCAGCAAGAUCGACGAGAUGAUCCAGGAGUUCUUCCGAGCAGUGGAAGCCAAAGAGAUCAAAGCCCGCGGCUGGCCGUGCAUGGGCGAGGAGCUCCCGCUAGCGCCACCAGAGAUGCUCGCCGGCUACUCCCUCUCCAAGAUCGCUCUCAACGCCUACGCGAGGAUCAUCGCGGAGAAGCUCGCGAGGGAGAAGGAGAUCUUCCUCAACUCGAUGUGUCCCGGCUCGACCAGCACGGCCAUGUCGGGAUUCAGGGGUCACUCGGUCGAGAUUGGAGCCGACACCGCGGUGUGGAUCGCUUUGCUUCCUCCGGGAACUCCGGAAGAACCACUUCCUCACGGGAGAUUCUUCAUGGAUCGCAAGGACGUGGGAUUCUCGCAGAUGCCAGUCUUCUACGAUGGCCAGUUCUACAAGAGCUUGGGAGAACUCCCGAAAAGCAAAUAAACAUUAUUUUCAAACUGUC